GCUGUCUGGUGGAGUCGAUCCCAGAUAUCCACUCGCCGCUGAUGCAACACAUUGACAGGUUCCACACGGUUUAUACAUCGACCUCAAGUGUUAAGACAUUAACUCUAAGGAGCGAGGCACCAUGGGAGAACAGCUGAGCCCAGAUGAGAAGCUUCACCUCAUCACUAGGAACCUUCAGGAGGUGCUUGGAGAAGACAAGAUAAAGCAGGUUCUGACAGAGAGGGAGCUGAAGGUGUACUGGGGAACUGCCACCACAGGAAAGCCCCAUGUUGCCUACUUCGUCCCCAUGUCCAAGAUUGCGGACUUCCUCAAGGCAGGGUGUGAGGUGACCAUCCUGUUUGCAGACCUGCACGCGUUCCUGGACAACAUGAAGGCUCCCUGGGAGCUGCUGGAGCUGAGGGUCCAGUACUACGAGCAGGUGAUUAAGGCCAUGCUGGAGAGUAUCGGGGUGCCGCUGGACAAACUCAAGUUCAUCAAAGGGACAGACUUCCAACUCAGCAGAGAGUACACUCUGGACGUGUAUCGUCUGUCGUCCAUGGUAACAGAACAUGAUGCUAAGAAGGCUGGAGCCGAGGUAGUUAAACAGGUGGACCACCCUCUCCUCAGUGGUCUGCUCUACCCUGGACUACAGGCUCUGGAUGAGGAGUAUCUGAAAGUAGAUGCCCAGUUUGGAGGAGUCGAUCAGAGGAAGAUCUUCACCCUGGCUGAGAAGUACCUGCCCUCCCUGGGCUAUGCUAAGCGGUCCCAUCUGAUGAACCCCAUGGUACCAGGACUGACUGGAGCUAAGAUGAGUUCUUCAGAGGAGGAGUCUAAGAUUGACCUCCUGGACAGGAAGGAAGAUGUGAAGAAGAAGCUGAAGAAGGCUUUCUGUGAGCCGGGCAACAUUGAGAACAACGGAGUCCUCUCAUUUGUUAAACAUGUCCUCUUCCCACUCAUAGGAGAGUUCUCCAUCAAAAGAGACCCCAAGUUCGGAGGAGACAAAACCUACACAGACUUUGAUGAAGUGGAGAAAGAAUUUGGCGAAGAGCUGAUCCAUCCUGGUGACCUGAAGGCGGGCGUGGAGGUGGCCCUAAACAAGCUGCUCGACCCAAUCAGGAAAAAGUUUGAGACUCCAGAGCUCCGUAAACUCUCCAACACGGCCUAUCCAGACCCGUCAAAGAACAAGGGAGCAGGGAAGGGGAACCCUAAAGUAGACCUGGAAGGGAACCCUAAAGUAACGGAAGAGGAUGAGCUGGUUCCCUCCAGACUGGACAUCAGGGUGGGCAAGGUCAUCAGUGUGGAGAAGCAUCCGGAUGCUGAUUCGCUGUACCUGGAGAAGAUAGACGUCGGAGAGGCGGAGCCAAGGACGGUGGUGAGCGGCCUGGUGGCCUACGUUUCCCAGGAGGCCUUGCAGGACAGGCUGGUGGUGUUGCUAUGCAACCUGAAGCCCCAGAAGAUGAGGGGGGUGGAGUCCCAAGCCAUGCUGCUCUGUGCCUCCAUUGAGGGGGAUCCCAGAAGAGUGGAGCCUCUUGACCCCCCUGAGGGGUCGUCACCCGGGGAACGGGUGUUCGUUGAGGGGUACGAGACGGGCAAGCCAGACGACAAACUAAAUCCAAAGAAAAAGCUGUGGGAGAAAUUACAGGUGGACCUGAAGGUGUCAGGACAGUGUGUAGCCCAGUGGCAGGACAAACACCUGAUGACCAAACUGGGACACAUCACCUGUAAAACACUGAAGGGAGGCAACAUCAGCUAAGAGACACAUGGUCAAUCCCUUUCAUUCUCUCUACUCGCCCAGCUUCCCUUCCCCAGAGAACUCUACACACGUCACCACGGCAACGUCACUCUCACUUCCUGACCGGAGAGCUAAUCAUUCCUUCCUUUGUCUUUUCUCUCUCUUUCUCUCUCUCUUUCUCUCUCUCUUUCUCUCUCUCUCUCUCUCUCUCUCUCUCUCUCUCUCUCUCUGUCUCUCUCUGUCUCUCUCUCUCUCUGUCUCUCUCUGUCUCUCUCUCUCUCUGUCUCUCUCUGUCUCUCUCUCUCUCUCUCUCUCUCUCUCUCUCUCUCUCUCUCUCUCUCUCUCUCUCUGUCUCUGUCUCUGUCUCUGUCUCUCUCUCUCUCUCGGUUUAAAUAAAACGGUCUUAUCUACUAUCGAUAUCUCUGCUGUGUUUUCCCCUCCUGAUGUUUAAGUAAUCGUAUGGCUCUGUAAUGCUUGAGGAGUUAAUGUCGAUAUCUCCGUCUGGUGCCCUCUGUUUUUUUUAAAACACAUUGUUGUUUCAUGUGGUCUUGAGGAAAAUACGGAACGACGUUGGUCGUCACCCAUUAACCCGAGAGACACGCCGGCGAGCCAUCAACAGUCUCUACUGUCCACCAUGUCUUAGAUCAUCCACGCCAGUCGCCUAGGACCUAUCCUUUAGUGUAGAAAUCUAUUGCGUUGGUGUGAGAAUGCAAGUGGGAUGUGAUAACGGUUGAAUCGGUAGGUAAUUACCGGUCCUUUCCUGUGGAAACGCUGCCAUUACUCUUAUGUCAUCACCAUCACCUGAAAAAUGAAAUAAACCGGUUGAAUUCA